UGACCCCUGCAGAAUCUCUUUUGGACUUCCGCUAAACAGCCGCAAGGUGGCGUUUGGAUUGCUUCUCCCGACUUCCUGAGAAGAGCGUCGAAGAAUCGAGAAGAAGAAAAGAAACCCGGGAAAGACCGCCCUGUGCUGUGUGUUCAAUUUGUGUUCUUGCAUCCGCGUUGAUCUACAACAUCACCAUGUUGAAGGAGUUGGUCAGGGAGCGACUGAUUGCUGCCGCCGAUGAAAUCUUCCUGCUCUUUGAAAGAACGAUCGCGUCGUACGAGGAGCAACUUCGUCGAGGGAGAGAGGAGACCGAGCGACACCGACGACAACUGGAAGCCGUUUGCAAGACCCAAGUUGUGAUACACGUCGAAGAUGUCCAGCAGCUGAUUGGUCAUGAGGAAAAACUCCCCCCUCAACCACAAUUGGGGUGCUCCAGUUUAAAGCAAGAAGACUGGGAGGACCCCCAGGAUAAAGAGGAAAAGGAGGAUCCACACCCUUCUCGUGUUAAAGAGGAAGAGGAGAGUCAUCAUUGCAGCCUAAGUGAAGAACGCUGUGGAGGACUGCCGCCAGACAACCUUGUCACUCCGCUGUCCAACAAUGAUGACAUAGAAGAACCGUCGAGGAGCGAUGCAUACUGCGAAGGUGACGACAAGGACCUGAAAUGCUUUAGAAAGCCACCAACAAUCAGCAAUCAGAAAAGGUGUUUUAGUCAGGUUACCUGCUCAAUUUGCGGUAAAAGGUUUGGUAAAACAAAUUUAAUUCGACACAUGAAAACACACACAGGAGAAAAGCCCUUUUGUUGCUUGACCUGCGGUAAAACAUUCACUUCAAAGCCCAGCAUGAAAACCCACAUGAGAACACACACGGGAGAGAAACCCUUUAAUUGUUCACUAUGUGGGAAAGGAUUCUCCCGAAACGACUAUGUGGCAAUACACAUGAGAAUACACACAGGGGAAAAACCUUUUAGUUGCUCAGUCUGUGGCAAAAGAUUCAUUGCAAAGCGAAUUUUGGUCACACACAUGAAAAAACAUACAGGAGUAUUACCCUUUCGUUGCUCAGUUUGUGGUAAAGGAUUUUUACUCAACACACACAGGAGAAAAACCCUUUUGUUGCUCAACUUGUGGGAAAAGAUUUGUUUCUAA